CUUCUCUAGCCCCAAACCAAAAAACUCAAUGCAAUAUUUCUUUCCAAGCCAAUGGCCCCUAGUUGCAACCAUAACCAAAACCAUAGCCAAAAUGGUCAAUUUUUGCCACAAGAAGUAGUAGUUGUGGUGGUUCCUUUUCCAGCACAAGGUCACUUGAAUCAACUUCUUCAUCUCUCUCGUCUCAUUUCAGCUUAUAAUAUACCAAUCCAUUAUAUUACCACUAAAAUUCAUAGUCAUCAAGUCAAUUUAAGAGCUCAUGGUUUUAACCCUUUAUCAACAAACAAUAUUCAUUUCCAUGAAUUUUCAACCCCAGUUUUUAACUCUCCCUCUCCUAAUAACUCCAAUUCCUCAGUCAAAUUCCCUUCAAAUCUUACACCUUCUUCCCAAAUUUCCUCUCAUCUUCGCAAUCCUGUUGCCAAGAUAUUACACUCUCUAUCACAUAAAAAUCGAAGAAUUAUUAUUAUUCAUGAUUCAUUAAUGGGGUCUGUGGUUCAAGAUUUUCGGACCAUUCCAAAUGCAGAAGCUUACACUUUCCAUAGUGUUUCAGCCUUCACUUUGUUUUUGUACGUAUGGGAAAGUAUAGGAAGGCCUUUUGCUAUUGAUACUGAUAUGAUAAAAGAACUUCCUUCAAAUGAAGGUUGUUUUAGUCCUGAGUUUGAGGAGUUUAUGAAAUCUGAACAUGAGUAUAGUAUGUUUAAUUCUGGUAAGAUUUAUAACACAUCACAAGCUAUAGAGCAUACUUUUCUUGAUUUGCUGUCUAAGGAACAAAUUAGUAAAGGCCAAAAGCAGUGGGCUCUUGGCCCAUUUAAUCCAGUUGUUAUCCAAGGGACCCACCAACAACGACACAAGUCAUUGGUUUGGUUAGACAAACAAGUACCAAAGUCAGUGAUUUUUGUGUCAUUUGGAACCACUUCUUCAUUUUCUGAUGAACAAAUCAAGGAAAUAGCAAUUGGCUUAGAGAAAAGUCAGCAAAAGUUCAUUUGGGUAUUGAGAGAUGCUGAUAAAGAGAAUAUUUUCUCUAAAGAUUUUAUUAAAAAAAUUGAAUUGCCAAAAGGGUUUGAAGAGAGAGUGAAAGAAAAAGGAAUAAUUGUAAGAGAUUGGGCACCGCAGUUAGAAAUAUUAGCACAUUCUUCGACGGGCGGUUUUUUAUGUCAUUGUGGAUGGAAUUCGUGCGUAGAAAGUAUUUCUACGGGAGUUCCAAUAGUAGCAUGGCCGAUGCAUUCGGAUCAACCGAGGAACACAGUGUUGAUAACGAAAAUACUAAAAGUUGGGAUUGUUGUAAAGGAUUGGGCUCGAAGAGAUGAUUUAGUUGUGUCCACUGAGAUUGAAAAGGCAGUGAGAAUUUUGAUGGCAUCGGAAGAAGGAGAAGAGAUGAGGAAGAGAGCAGAAGAGUUGGGUUUUGGUGUCAAGAAGGCUGUGGGUGAAGGUGGUGUCACUCGCAAAGAGUUUGAUUCUUUCAUCACUCAUAUUACCAGAUGAAUUUGAUCAUAAUAUUUCGUAACAGUAAGAGUUGUCGUCAUGUUACUAAGGGAUCAUGAGUUCAAGUUAAAAGAUAACCUCGUGUGAAAAUAUAAAGUAAGACUGCACACAGUAUAUCAAAUGUGAUAUACCCGACCUUCUCUAAUAUAAUUCUCGCGGAUAAUAAGAGCAUAGUGUGCAAGCUACUCUUUUGUUUGAUACUAUGGAGCAAUGUGUUUUUUAAAUUGUCAUCUUGAGCAAUUUAUGCAUUGACGUAUGAAAAGUUUGUAAAACAUAUACAAGGGGUAAUCUAUCACUUGAUCAUUUAA